GGAGAUAGAUUGGCCGCGAUGAGGGGCAAUAGCGAGGAUCAUCCCACUCGCCUCCACGAUCGUCGAUUUUAAUUUCUUCACACCUUCUUUUCUUACGGCUCUCGUCGGGUCCUCACCUCGUUUCCCUCCUUUACAUCACUUAUCGGUUUGGCUUGAAACGUCACCUCUCGCCAUGCGGAACAACGCCUGCCAUCUGCCCAACGGGCAAUUAAUCACAGUGUCGCCUGUGUUCGGCGGCUUUACCUUCAAGAUCAACGAUGCGCAUUUGGGUCAUUCACUCCUCCCUCCGGGCUGGACAAUUGUUCUUUACACAAGACGGCAUGCGCAGGAUAAAGCGAAACCCGAUGGAGCGUCUGACCGGCCUCGCGAGUCCGGGGCCAAGGAUGACGAUCAGGCAAGCAGCACUCGAUUCACAGCACCAACCUUAGGCGACGACUGUCUGUACCUCUCAGCCAUAGUCAGCCCUCCGAACAGCGAGUACAAGCCGAUGAACUCUGCCUCGCGUCAGAUCGCCAUGAUGCUCUGGGUUACUCUCUGGUGGUACUUCCACGAACCUGAACCUGACCUCUGCCUCAAGACAGAGGCUUCGUCGCGCACGCCAGCUGCGGCCAAACCCAAGGGCGACUGGCGAGUUAAUAUCAAGCGAGAGGGGAUUUUCAAGGGGCGGAACGUGCUUCAAAAGCUGGAACGGAUGGGGCUUAUUGCCACUGAGGAUUCCUCCGUAGGGUCAGACCCUUUGGAAAAUGAGUCUUGGGAAUCGAUGUUUGUGAGCCGACGCUCCUUCUGGCAGAUUGAUCCCCGACUAUUCCUUUUUUCCCUGAGUCCCCUGAGCGUUGGGCAGGGUGCACCAAACUCGACACAUAACCGUCAGCUGUCGUCUCCGAUGCGAGGGAUUAUGUAUAUAGCCGAUUCCAUUCCUUCAGUCAACGAUGCUAGACACUACGCACCCAGCGAAGGGCCAUUUACUUCCAGCAGCCAUCUCCCAACCUACUUUCCACCGCCAUCCACUCAGUAUACCUUCACUAAUAGAGUGCGACAUCCAAUCAGACCCAAGCCGCCUCAUCAGGGAGAUGUGUUUUACAUUCGAUACAUUCCCAGCGUCCAGCAAUAUCUCUCAUUCCGCGUACCGUAUCUUCCUUCACGGAAGGCCCAGCAUCCAGGAGGAGCACCAAGUAAAACACACGCUCCUUCAUCCUCAACCAGUGACCCAGUGACUUCGAACACCCCUUCGGACCUCGAUUACUUACACAAAUGGAUGAACGACCCAAGAGUCAACGCAGCAUGGGGGGAGGCCGGCCCAGUCUCCCACCAGGAGGAAUUCCUUCGCAACAAUCUGAAAAGCCGACACAGCUUCCCAGUCAUCGGGUGCUGGGACGGGAAACCCUUCGGGUACUUCGAGAUAUACUGGGUCAAAGAAGAUCCCCUAGGGCAGCUCAUCGGGGGCGCUGGCAAUUACGAUAGAGGUAUCCAUCUAUUAGUUGGCGAGCAGGAGUUCCGCGGAGCGCAUCGGGUGCAAAUCUGGCUGAGUGCACUGGUGCACUACUGCUGGCUCUCAGACCCACGCACUGAGACGGUCAUGCUGGAACCACGGGUAGAUAACACAAAGAUCCUCGAGUAUCUCCAAAAAGCAGGCUUCUAUAAAGAAGGCGAGGUCAGCUUCCCACACAAACAGUCUAACCUAAUGAAGAUCAAGCGCGACCACUGGGAAGCCCCGGCGACAUAAGACCCUAACCCCGACUGGCCGCGAACGAAAAGAAUAAAAUAAAAGAGUAUACACUCCAAAGCGAAGAACCCAUAAUGAUGUUUUCCGGUGUCAAAACACUCGCAUCCAGUUGACCCCAUACUCGAGUUAGCCCUGUUGCAUGCCUACAAAAAAGAGAGACGGCGAGAGUCAGCUCCACCGGCUUCUAAGACCAAGACGCAGAAUAUGGAUCUCUCCUUGCACACAACCAUUUGCCUAUUUAGCCGUAUUUUACCAGAAAAGAAAUACCUGCGGUGUCAGCCAUUUCAUACAUGUGAACGUCCAGAUCAGGAUCUCAUUAUAUAACACUCUUCAAGGUCUGGGCGUUUAAUGGGUGAAUCUACCAGAUUCUAGACCAGACGGGCAGCAUUCCUUGACUAAUUGGGCAUGCAUAUGCUGCUGGCGUGUGUGGAAUCCGAGACAUGGUCCGUGUUUGUUGCUAGGUAUCCGAUCGGGAAUCGACGCGCUGAGCAAGUGAAGCAUGUGCGGGAUAAGCCCAC